AUGGCGCAAUCAACGGUAUCAACACGUUUUGCAGAAAUAUCAAAUCUAAUCUGCAUACAUUUAGCAGAAGAGUGGAUAGUGUUUCCAACAGUUGUAGCAGAUAUACAACGUAAAAAAGCAAGAUUUCUCGAGGCAACUAUGUUUCCUAACACGAUCGGUGCUGUAGAUUGCACACAUGUAGCCAUGAUUGCUCCAUCAGAGGAAGAGCAUAAUUAUUUAAAUCGCAAAGGCUUUCACUCAAAAAAUGUACAAAUUAUCUGCGAUUAUGAUUUAAGAAUAAUGAAUGUCAACGCGCGGUAUGCUGGGGCUACUCAUGAUGCAUAUAUUUGGAGAAACUCAGAAAUCAAUGCAGAAAUGGAACGUAGAUAUAUUGAAGGAGACCACAAUACAUGGUGCAUUGCAGACUCAGGAUAUCCGCAGCAACCUUGGCUAAUGAUACCCAUUGCGAACGCAUUGCCCGAUACACCAGAGGGCCGUUAUACCGCAGCUCUUUGUCAAGCUCGAUCUUGCAUCGAAAGAUGCAUUGGUGUACUCAAGGGUCGAUUCCGAUGUAUUCUCGGAGAGAGGAUGCUGCAUUACACACCUCAAGUUGUAGCACAGGGACGACUACUAAUUAAUCAAAACGUUAAUGAAGAAGUAGAGGCCUAUUUCUAUAAUGCCGAUGUUAUGCAGGAUGAAAACGUAUAUCUUACAGGUUCAUUGGCAAGGAGGCGAUGUAUAGAAACAUAUUUUAUGGACAAUGUCUAG